AUGGCCGCGCCGUCGAGCCAGGGGGAAGCCCAGAAGCUGCGCUUUGGGCCCUGGCUUUUGGCUGCCGUCGAGAGUGGGAAAUACCCAGGGCUGUGCUGGACCGACCGCAGCCGCCGCUGCUUCCGAGUCCCCUGGAAGCACAACGCCCGGAGGGAUGUCACCAGCAGCGACGUGGAGGUCUUCAAGGCCUGGGCAGUGGUGAGUGGGCAUUAUGAGGGGUGCCCCGAGGACCCUGCCAAGUGGAAGACCAACUUCCGCUGUGCCCUGCGGAGCACCCGCAUGUUCCUGCUGCUGGAGGACCACUCCAAGUGUGGGGACGACCCCCACAAGGUCUUCAUCGUCUCCUCAGCUGCCCCAGGGCACAGCCAGGAGGGAGCUUCUACCAGCCCUGCCCCUGUGCUGGACCAGCAGACAGAGCUGGAGUGCAACCAGCAAGAUGUCACCCCAGAAAUCGCCCCCCCAGGCAGCACCGACCCUGCACAGUCCAGGAUGCAGGAGAAGCUGGAGACUCUGCAGUGGGUGCUGCAGCACUGUGCCAUCUCCCCCCCUGACUCUGGGUCCCUGGAGCCAUCCUGGGCAGGGGACAUCCCCCCCCAAGACAUCCUGCUCCAGCCUCACCCAGACCCCAGCCAAAACAGCCACCUGCCCCAGUGGGUGCCCGUGCUGGAGCAGCCCCUCUUGGAUACCUGUCCACCCCUGGACCCCUUGCUGCUGCAGGAGGAUGAAGGCACUGUGCCACUGCUGUGCCACCCGCCGGAUGUCAUGGGCCCGGUGGCCCACCCAGAGGCACCCAUCCUCCUUGUCCCCUCUGCUGACCCUGUGCCACCACCAGUGCUGGAGGAGGAGCCAGGUCCCCUCUUGAUCCUGGACAUCACCAUCCUGUACCGGGGGAGGCAGGUCCUGCGGGAGGAGGUGCGGGGCAGCCAGUGCCUGCUGGCCUCCCAGCUGCUGGACCCGGAGCUGGCGCUGCUGCCGGGCCAGAAGGUGAUGUUCCCCAGCGCCGCCGAGCUGCCCGACCGCAAGCAGCGGCGCUACACCGAGCGGCUGCUGCUGGACGCGGGGCUGCGGCUGGAGCAGAGGGCGCAGCGCAUCGUCGCCACCCGCCUGAAGCGCUGCCAGGUCUUCUGGGCGCUGGGCCGGCAGCUGGAGGGGCCGCAGGAUCCUCCCUGCAACCUGCUGCAGCGCAACCAGGAGACGCCCAUCUUCGACUUCAGCUGUUUCUGCACAGAGCUGAGUGCCUUCCGCAGCAGCCAGCGGAAGCAGUCUCCUGACUUCAUCAUCUACUUCUGCUUCGGGCAGUGCUUCUCCAAGGCCAGGGGCAAGGAGUCCAGGCUCAUCCUGGUCAAGCUGGUGCCCAGGCUCUGCCAGUACCUGUGUGAGAAGGUGCAGCAGGAAGGAGCCUCCUCCCUGGACAGUGACACCAUCAGCCUGAAGCUCUCUGACUCCUUCAGCCUCUAUGAGCUCAUCGAGCACUGGCCCAUGCAGGUGGACUGAGCCCUGGCCAGCCCCCAGCCUGGGCACCU